AUGAUUACGACUGGUUCUCUUCUGGCUCUAGUCGGCUUUGUUGGGGCUCUCAAUCCAAUCGCCAUCGUUCCUCAAGGCGUCGUCAAUGGCAUUCUUUCCCCCGUCCCAGGAGUCACUUUGCCUGUUGUCAAAUUUCUCGGUAUACCCUAUGCAAGACCACCUCAACGCUUUAGCCCACCUGUUAUACCAAGCUCAUUUGCAGGCAAUUCAUACAACGCAACACAGCUUCAACCAGCGUGUAUUCAGCAAUUCAACUAUCCAGAUGCUGCUCGUGACUUCACUCUGGCUCUCUUCAAUAACCCCCCACCUGCAUCAGAAAGUGAAGAUUGCCUAUAUCUCAAUGUAUAUGCUCCAUCUGCAGCUACUCCCGCUUCGUUACUUCCCGUUAUGGUGUGGAUCUAUGGUGGAGAUUUGCAAUUUGGCUCAGCGUCAUCUCCAUAUUAUGAUGGUAGUAAUAUAGCUGGAAAGCAAAAUGUGAUUGUGGUAACUUUCAACUACCGAACUAAUAUAUUUGGCUUUCCUAAUUCUCCAGAAUUGCCCAACAUAGGGCAGAACUUAGGACUUCUUGAUCAACGACUAGCACUAGCUUGGAUCAGAGUCAAUAUCUUAGCAUUUGGUGGCGAUCCUCUAAAAGUAACAAUAUUCGGCGAAUCCGCAGGCGCACUAUCUGUGGAUGCUCUCGUCACCAGUCAUCCAAUUCUUCCAACAUUCCGCGCAGCAAUUAUGCAAUCUGGACAGGACAGCAUUCGGACCCUAACAGCCAAACCAGGACUUGGCUCCAUUUCUGGUACCUCAUCUUGGAAUGCCCUCGCUGCUGGUCUUGGCUGUUCAACCGGCAGCGCGCUUGCUUGCUUACGAGCUGCCGAUGCACUCACCAUUAAAUCUUACAUUGAGCAUGCGGAACUAUCGUUUCAGCCAGUUGUGGACAACGUAACUCGCGUUUCGAACCCGCAACUUAAGAGAUCAAAUCGCCAAAUUGCAAAUGUACCGGUACUUAUCGGCUCAAAUGCUCAGGAAGGUUCUGCUUUUGUUUAUGGACAAAGCAACAUUACAGCAGCUUUACAAGCAUUGUUUCCGGGCAAUGCCACACUACAGGCUAAAGUUUUUGCUACGUAUUCUGUCGGCAAAGAAGGAUUGAAUACACCCGCUGCUGUCGUCGAACAAAUUUAUACCGAUAUAGUAUUCCAAUGUCCUAGUGCUAUUGUCGCAAACUCAAGCUCCGCCGCCGGUUACCCUACCUUCCGUUAUUACUACAAUGCAACCUUUGCCAACAUCCAACCAGUCCCAGGCCUCGGCGCUUAUCACUCCUCAGAAAUCCCCCUCGUCUUCGGUAACUUACCGGCAAACUCUACAGUAGCCGAAAAAAGCCUAAGUGCCUUGAUCCAAAAGUCAUGGGCCAAUUUCGCCAAAAAUCCUCAAGUGGGCCCAGGGUGGAAUAGACUGAAUGUCAAUGCAGGCGUCAAUCAGGUUGCUGUGCUCAACUUUGAUGGGUUAGGAAGUGUGAAUGGAGGAGCACUGGAUAAGCGGUGUGCUGUUUUCAAAUAUGAUUUGGGAGGGUUCUAG